AUGUCGACGCUAGAAAACGGUCAUAUCCUUGCCGUGGAGGCCAUGGCCUCUCUGGAUUUAUCAACACUCCUCCCCGGAUGCUCGGCAAAUUGUAUCACGGAUGCCACCAUCUCCUCAGUCACAUCAGGUUCAGUCAACUAUCUGUGUUCCGAUGCUCGAUUCUCCGAAGCGAUUGGGUGCGCCUUUCAGAACUGCACAGUGAUCAACGGGCUCAAAACACAGAGAAUUCUAUCUGGAGUUUGUGGAUUGCCUGUCAGAGAUCAAGGUACAUCAGCGGCUGCAAGUGCUAUUGCCGGCGCGCUUGUUGCCGUUGUAAGCGUUGCUAUACGCGAAUAUUCCCAGCUUUCACGACUCGACUACAGAGUAGGGCUUGAUGAUUAUGCUCUGAUAUUGACAAUGUCAUUGUCAUUGCCGAUGAGCAUACUCGUUGUCAUCAGUAAGGCCAGCUUAUCAUUUAAAUCUCUCGACCUACACUAA